AUGAGUGAUCAUCUUGCUGAAUGGUACCACAGAGUGCAGCUGUACCGCGCUGUACCCCCACGACGUUUGUCGGUUUUUAGCAGUCCCAGUAAACCGGAAUGCUAUGUGCUAACAGUACGAAAUGCGCAAAGUUCCGUUAUAAAGCUGGGCGUAUGCUAUCGCGUUCACGUCUACUUCUACGACAAUUUACAGAAGUAUUUCUUUGGUAAACCAUAUUGCAGCAAGUGGCAUCGCUCUGAUGCCAAUUCCGUUUCACUCAACGAGGAGGCCUUUUUUUGGUGCUCAUUUCACGAUGAUGUAAAUGUCGUAUUGGAGUUGGUUGAAGGCCAGGAAGCAGGACAAAAUUCCGGACUUUUUACCGCGGCGUGGGCUUCGUUCCCUCUCGCAAAUAUUGGCCCGGUCGCUGAUUAUGCUUCUCCUAAUCAUGAGAUGCUUUUUCGCCGUGUCGAUGUAGUGUCCCUCCUAGUGAGAUACCCAGGUGAGUCCACUAAAAUCGAACUGUAUCCAGCACUGGCCAGCACUGCUGGAUACAUUUGCUUGCAAACACACGAAAAAAUGCGCGGCGCCAUCAAUUAUGUAUCUGCUUGGAAAAUAUUUAAUCAGCGUGAGGACAUACUAGAAAUUGGCAUCGCAAAGAAUGGCAUUUUGCAGCCUACUGCAUCUCCAGAACUGCAAACUGAGGCCUGCUUUUUGAAGCAAAUAACUGUAUCAUUUGGUACCGAUGCGGAUAAAUUUGAACAGGCCUUGCUACACCUCCUGAAUAAUGACCGUCUCUAUCGAGCAAACAGGUCGCCCGAUGAUGUCAGCGUUAAACCCAUGGAGGUUCUCGAACGGCGAAUUACGAUUGGAGUGCACAAUGGUCUGCGUUAUGUGGAAGAACCUCAGUGCUUGCAUCUCAUUCCAACAGAAAAUCAGCACACUGACACGCUGGACAAAAACUGGAAUAACAGAGUAAUGACUCGAAGCCAUUCAGAUCUGAGACCCCGAUUUCGAAGUCUUCGCAUGAAUGGAAGUGCGAUGUUGAACGGGCUAGUUGCUAAUCCUGGUGUCGCAGUCGUUUUCACUCUUGAUUAUUUGGUCGGCGUCUAUUCUCAAGAUGGUACAACUUAUGCAUCACAGGCAGUGAUGAUUUGCUGGGGCGUGUGGCAUGCCUCUGCUGCAGAACGCAAAUCAAAAGAUCAGACAAUUGUUGUUCCUUUAGUUGGCGCCUUAGAAAAUCUAAUUAAUGUCGGGAAGUUUCAGAGCAUACAUCGGCCACCUACGUCGACAGCGCCGCCGUAUGCGAGUACGACAGUGCAAGAGCCAGGCGAGCCAACUGCAAAAACUGAGGAAAUUGCCGGACCUCGAUCAAAACCGGAGAAGUUCCGCGAAAACAGGAGUGAGGCCAGAUCACUGCAUUCAAUUAUUCCGGAUAGCAAACGCAUCCCGCGCACUGAUGACCGUUCUGAACGGAAUUCCAUUUUCCUCUAUAAAAGAUCGAAACGGAAACGAACCGAAAUUCAUAGAUAUCGAAAGGGUCCUGAUGUGAACAUUGAGCUUAAUGACAAGUUAAAUACGAAUGAAACCAUUGUGCAGUAUGCGGCCGUUGCAUUCAGCUCGGAAGAUAAUGGACACUUAAUGAUGCCCACAUCGGUUUUCUUUACGAUGCAGUUCUAUCGUUUUCAAACAGUAACGACUGAAAGGUUAUUGUUGCAUGAAGCCCCCAGGAAAGUUGGUACGCAUGAACGACUGCAUAUUUUGAAGCGUGCUGAAGGCACCGAGAAAAAUAGUAAAACGAGCUGCUACGGCUUUACGGUGAAAUAUACCGUUGACAGGCAUUCGCUUCCUGACGGAGAAGAGGAUGAUUACAUCAAUUAUCUGCUGAGUGGCCAUCUGAUCAUUGACAUGUGGGAUGCAUGCUCAUUGUUGUCUCUUGGUACAACUUUCGCAAAUUCGGAAAUACAACUGUAUUUACAAAUGUAUUUAGACAUAACGCGAAGUCGAACCAGCUCUGUUGUAAGCCAGAGAUUAGCCCGUAUUGGUCAGGAUGAGAUCGAGUCGUACCGGAUCAAAGUUAAACCGCUGAAUCCAAUCCAUGAAAAUGCACUGCAACGAUUCGUCACUACAAACAGGCGCGUUUCCUUACAGGGAUCAGUGAAAAGAUAUCUCUUCGAACAGGAGUUAGAAGCAUACAAAAAAAUGCGUAAUGAAGACAAGGCGUCCAAGUUAAUGAAGGCUGUUUUCAAAGCAAUCACUACCCAGCACCGCAUACACCCAAAGUAUGGACAGAUUGCAUUUUUUGAAUUUUUACUCCAAAACACUGAACCCACAGCAACUGUUAUCAUCGUUGAUACGACAAACAAUACACUGAGGUUAUCUUUCCUUCACAGCUUUAAUUUUAACACUUUUGAUCCUGGUAAUUUUGGCCGUACUACUAAUACACAUGGAAAAUGUUUUGCUUACAGACCGCUUUGCGAUGCAAAUAAAUGGCAGUACUACAAAAAUGUGUGUGGGGUUGAAACACCGCUGGAAAGCAGCCUUUAUGGGGUUUCUGAAGAGAACGGGCAAAUCGUUGAAGUGUGCAUUUUUCUGAAACCAAUGGAGACGAUUUAUGCGCCUUUCCUUUAUGACACAUUCACGUUGCCUCCAGAUCAGAUCAAAAAUCAAGUGAAGGUAAAAGUUGCUCGCCUAAUUGCUCAAACAACAGUGUUCAAAAAGAAAGAUGACGGUGAGCCGAUUGCAGUACUGGAUUUGCUUGUGGAAGUUCGUCAAAAUAUUGUUAAAAAUUCUUUCCGAUUUUAUCACGAAGCCGAAACAACGCUAUCUAGAGUAAUACGCAUCACUCAGAGAAAAGGUUCUGAACUAAAUCUAUCACCCACUCCUGAAUUGGCUUAUCAAAAUUUGUUUCCAGGUGAUGCUCAUGUCUGCGCUAUACGUUGCACUGAUCCUCUUGUGAUACUAUCACUGAGGAACAAUCCAAAUGGAUGCCAGGAUCUGCAAUUUACAUGCCAAACGGGAAAAGCACCAUCUCUGCAAACAUUUACCGUAAUAUUUUUUGCCGAUAGUUAUUACAAUGUUGCACUGGGAUCCUGGUUGAUACAUGUGCAUGCGGUGAAUCGAAUCAGUGUAAAUGCGGUCCGGGCACAACUUACCAAAGUGCCCAUUGUUUUGACAGUUGAUGAGGACUGCAGCUUGGUCCAGUUUGGCAGCUUAUCACGAAAACUUGAAAUUUCACCACCCCAUUUUACUGGUGUGCAGCGUGGAAGUACUGUAACUGCUUCUGCUAAUUUUUCUCAAAAUAUUCCAGAAGAUUUUUUUGAAGGUGUUCGAACGAUAUUGAUUUGCGCUACAAACCAGGAAACAAAACGCCUUUUGAAUCAAUGGAUGAUUGUAGCGAAUGUCCAGGAGGCAAAUAUUACCAAAAUGUUCGACGUUUAUUUGGAAAAUGGCAAAAGUCAAACAAUUAAACUGAUGGUCGGCAAUCGAUACGGUGUAGAACGCUCAUUCCGGAUAUCCUCUUCACAUCCGGAAUACGCUCGAAUCGAAGAUGAACUGGUUCUCAUAGCGGCUUACAAAGUCACAGAUGUUUGCAUUACGUUUUUGCCUAGCAACGAACUUAAAUUAUCCGAGGUGCUAAUAUUCAUUACAAAUGUGGAAAAUAAUUUGCAAGAAGAAGCAUAUUCCUUGAAACUCAUUUACAGUGAUUAG